UUAAUGUUCUUUUGAAUGAGAAAGAAAAGUCCACAAUUAAAAAAUAUUCUUCCGCCACGGGCGUUAUCCGUCUCAAACUCCACAUCACACGGACGUGGCCCGUCUCACCGACUGUGCAGCGAAAAUCUUGAUAAAAUCCCACAGAAGACAGUGAAAUUGCCGCUUUAUUCGAAGAGCAUACAGAAUAAGAAGAUGGUGCUGUUAGCAGCUGCCAUUUGCACGAAGAGCGGGAAGGCCCUUGUUUCCCGCCAGUUCGUGGAGAUGACCAGAUCUCGUAUCGAGGGGCUCUUGGCGGCGUUUCCAAAGCUGAUGAACACGGGCAAGCAGCACACGUUUGUUGAGACUGAAAGCGUGAGAUACGUCUAUCAGCCUCUGGAGAAGCUCUACAUGCUUCUCAUAACUACAAAGACCAGCAACAUCCUUGAAGACUUGGAAACUCUUAGGUUAUUUUCCCGUGUGAUUCCAGAAUACUGCAGAGCAAUGGAAGAAAGUGAAAUCCUUGACCAUUCAUUUGAACUUAUUUUUGCCUUUGAUGAAAUCGUUGCCCUUGGCUAUCGGGAGAGCGUGAACCUAGCUCAGAUCCGUACAUUCACAGAGAUGGACUCGCAUGAAGAAAAGGUUUAUCAAGCUGUCAGAGAGUCUCAAGAGAAAGAAGCUAAGCAGAAGAUGCAGCAGCGAGCGAGGGAGCUCGCCAAACAGAGGCAGGAGGCCAUGAGGUCAGGCAAGAGAGGGUAUGGCAGCGGGGGUUAUGGGUCAUCAAGCUCGUCAGGGAUGUCAUCGAUGUCCAGCUCGAUGACAAUUGUCACUCCGGAAAAACCUAUAGAACCAUCAAAGCCUAUCAAACCAUCGGGUACAGGCAAAGCCAUGAAGCUAGGCAAGUCAACGAAGAGUACAGACAUCUUUGUUGAUAAACUCAGAUUAGAAGGGGAAGAGGUCACAUCAAAUGCACCCAAGAGCAGACAAUCCUCAAACGUCGCCAAAACCAUAACACCUGCCAGUAAAACAGAAGGAAUUCACAUAAGAGUGGAAGAGAAGAUGACCGUCUCGACGGGUAGAGAUGGAGGCCUCCAAACCUUUGAUGUACAUGGUAUGAUGACACUACGUAUCUCAGACCAGAAAUAUGGAAAGAUCAAGAUUGGUGUAGCAAACAAUGAUGACAAAGGAGCACAAUUACAGACACAUCCCAACGUGGACAAGAAAUUAUUUGCAUCUCAAUCAUACAUUGGCAUGAAGAUUCCUGACAGACCGUUCCCCGUUAAUAACGACGUCGGUGUUCUGAAGUGGAGACUCCAAUCCUCAGAUGAGACAUUGAUCCCCUUAUUAAUUAACUGCUGGCCAUCACCCAACAAUGAGGGCGGUUGUGAUGUGAAUAUAGAAUAUGAGCUCUUACAAGAAGAUAUGGAACUUCAAGAUGUGGUCAUCAACAUACCUGUGCCAUCUGGUGUUGGCGCUCCGAAGGUUAGCGAGGUAGAUGGUAACUACAAGCACGAUUCAAGACAUAACAUGCUAGAGUGGAGCUUGCCCGUUAUUGAUACCAGCAACAAGACCGGUAGUAUGGAGUUUGCUAUUGCUGGUCAACCCGAUGAUUUCUUCCCCAUUACUGUCAGUUUUAUCUCCAGGAAAUCAUACUGUGAUAUUCAGGUUGAGGAUGUCUUAGCAGUUGAAAGUGACCAGCCAGUCAAGUUUUCAUCGGACGUUGCCCUUCUUGUGGACAAGUAUGAAGUUGUAUAAGACCCAGACUCUCCACAUAUCGAAAUGUAAUAUUGCCCAUCAUAUAUUGUACAGGAGUCACUUUUCUUGUACCAUGUAACCCAAACAAUCAAGAGUUCACAGUUGCCGCUACUGAGUGCCAGUGGGAUAGUGGCAGAAACUAUUGGCAAUCAUUAGGAUCAUAGACUCUUGUAUUUUUUGCUCUUUUUCAUAUGGGUCAUCUUCAGAAUUCUUUGAAGGGUAGUCAGGGCACUGUGUCAUUAACCCUCAAUUUGGACGGUCAUGACCCUGGUCCUGAGUUAUGAAUACUACGUUGAAAUAGUCUCAUAUUCCCAUAUUUCAAGCCCCAGCGGUUCCUUCCUCUGGUACCUGGCCUUGCUGAUGUUGUCUAGCUUCUGUGUCCCACAGAAGAAAAGGUAUUGCAAUAUACGUUUUCUGUAUUUGUGUGGUAUUGCGAUGUACUUUGUUGAAGAGUGCACAUUAUGUCUCGAUUGUCAUGUAAUUAUAAUUAUUACAUGCAUGCUUCAAGAUAUACAGGUUUAUCGUUUAUUCCAGACUCCAGGAGGAUGUGAUGGCAAUGGUAUUAGGUAUUUUACAGCAUUCCAGUUUAAAAAGAACACUGAUUGAUUGUAAUUAACAAUGUAUUCAUUGCACAGGAUUAAGUAUGUAUGCCACUUUACUGAAUCCUUAUCAAGUAAUAGAUUGCAACACAUUAAUGUGUGUCUCUAGUCUUUUCUCUGCCGUCUUUUAACUCUUUGUUCGCCGUGCACAGAAUCCCCUAUUGCCGGAUUAAUUCUGUGGACACCAGAAAUGGGUGCUCUGGAUUUGCAUGCGUAGUUGACAUGGCUGUAACGUUUUUAUGCUUUUUCCUACAGAAAAAUGUUCUACAGUAAAGUUGUAGAGUAUGAAAUUAGCUUUCUAUUGAUGUAUAUUUUCUAAAUGUUUGCUCAUGUUUAGAAGAUAUAUCUCUAAUCAAUGGAAACCUUCAAGUUUCAAUUUGCAAACUAUAAGUGUACAGGCUAUUCAUUCCCAGAUUUUUACAAAAUAUAAGAACAAGCUACUUAUAACCCCUUUGUCAAAGAAUAAUAGCACAGGCCCAAUACUCUAAGCCUAGGCUAUUUUUUUUUCAAUGGCAAGGCAAGAAGUGCAGCUUAGGGAGCUUAGCUUUUGUGAUUGAUAGCAUUGUAUAAAUCAAUGUAAUCAGAUUGUCGUGAGAUUUGUGCCGAUCGGCGUACUUGGCGAAGCAGCAAGUUUGCCAUCGGCGAACUCGGCGGACAAAGAGUUAGUCAUAUCCAACUCAAUGGAGAGCUGUAUGAAACAUGCUUCAAAUGUGGGUCCUCUUUCAUGAAGCACUGUAUACAUGGCAAGGAAGAAGCUUCUGUUAAAAGCUUCUGAAAUCCUGUAAUUUCAUUGGACGAGAGUAAAUCUGACAUACUUAAACUAGUUCAUGACAAAAGGCCUCCUUUAUUGAUUCUGAUUUUUAGGGUUAUAUGGUACAAGGACUUCUGUUAUUUUUUUUUCAUUUGUGUAAAUAAAUAUUAGAAUAAUAUUAUCAUAUCAAUUGUAGUAUUGUACUUUACUUCAUUCCAAAACUAAAGUAAAUGUACUUCAUACAUUGACCUUUUUCAUAUUAUUUCUUAAUUUAUUGAGUUCCAGGAUGUGAAAGGAAAGAUUUAUGUUUCAACAUGCUGGGUUUCUUAAUUGUUUUUCUUAAAAGCAUGAUUUUCAUGUUUGAAGAAAAGAAGUAAGUCUUUGGGUUUUUCCUCGGGGGCACAGUUAUUGACAAAUACUGUAUGUGUAAAUAAACUAAAUAUAUGAACACAAUAGUAGGGACUGUUUUGUGUUCUGCUACAGAAAUAUUAAUUAUUCAAUUGAAAAUAUUUUCCCAUAUCAUGGCUGUCUCGUUAUUUCUCCAGUUUCUUUUGUAUUUCUUCUGAUUAUGUUUAAUUCAAUUCCGCCAUUGUUCCUAUUCAACUACUGUAAAUGAUAUAUAGAGGAGAUAGGAACGUACUUGUCGGUUUGUCUAAAUAACCUUUGUAUGAAGUGAUGUACUUUGCUGAUAUAGACGUGGAUAUAGUCCACACAUAUUUGUGUCAUAAUUUCUGUUCAAAUUAUUCUAUCAAUGAAAAUUUGUAUUAAAGGUCUACAUGUAAAAUA